AUGACAGCCGGCGCGACGCCCAAUCCAGCAGAGGCCGUCGCCGCCGAGGUAGGUUCGUUCUCUCAGCGUGCCUCAGCAUUCCUGUGUCUCCUUCCUGAAGCCGCUGGGCAGAUAAAAUAUGCGGCCUUCUCCUUCGACAGGCGCUUUGCUUCGGCGGAUCGGGAUCUGUCUCUCCUUUCUUGUGCUAACGAGAGAGGCUUCGAGGUGUCAGGCUCUAAUCAGGCGCGGGGGCGGAAGGGAGGGGGGGUCUGUUCUCUGCGUCUUCGGAUAGCGGGCGAGUCGUCGGGUGUGUGGAUUUCCUCUGUCAUUUCAGACGUGUGCCGCACCUCGUGGGACACUGUUUUUGUGGUUUUCUAUGCGUGUUGCGUGCCCGUUCCGGUGCAGCUGGUCAGCUCACUGUUGCGCCGGGACCGCGCGUCUGACUCCUCACCUGCCCAGGAAACUCGAGAGAGGCCUCGUCGCCGCCACCAGCUUGCAUGCCUACUCCACGCUUCGUCGUUGCUGUCGGCGACUUGCAGCGCGUGCUCAGCCGCGCCAGAAAACCGCACGACGUUCUCCUCGUUGAGCAGCGCCUCUGCGGAAGACGCGGGAGGCCGGCUGGGUUUUGACGCAGGCCUGGCGGUCGGCGCGGGGGCGCGAGGGUCUGCCGACUUGGCUCAGAACGUGAUGUCCUUUACGCAGUUCCUUGCAUCGUGUGCAGUUCGAAGGUCCGGUCUUUUUCAACUGGAACGAGAGUCUGCGGCGGCCUCCACGUCGCCUCGAAACGCCUCGCCCGCAAGUGCAGUUGUGCCCGCGUCUGCGGGGGAGCCCGGGAGCGAUUCGGAGGGGGAGGAGGUCGACGAGGAUGCGCGCGACCUGCUGCACGUUCUGCAGAUCUCCGAGUGGCCUGCGUCGCUCUGCGUCUCGCCCGUGCGCUGCGCUGAACGGGGGCGAGAGGUCAGUCGUGCGACACCUGCCGCGGGGCUGAACGGCGCUGCGAAUCCGCUCGAAAAGAAGCGAAGACUUUCGCGGCCAGAGGCCCUCAGCUCCCCCGGGCGGUCUCCAGGUCCCGGCGGCCUUUGCGGCGCGCCGCCGGUCUGCGGCGAACGCCUCGCAAAUCUGAUUUUGCGUGGAGUCGAGGAGGGGGAGGAGGCAGACUCGGAUGCGUGGCUCGCAGGUUUUGAGGACGGCGCCUAUUUGAAGCGCCUCGUCUCGCCCGUGCCACUGGCCAUCGACCGCUACCUCGUCUGGCAUCCGGUGGUGCCUCCGCGCGCCUCCGCGCAGGAGGCUGCGACGGAGGAGGCGCGAGCGAGACUCGAGGAAGAAAAGGAGAUCUUCGAGUCGCAGAGAGGGACGUUUCGGCGGGAGAUCGAGAGCUCCCGUCACAGCAAUCAGACGCUUCAGAAGGAGAACGCGCGCCUCGCCGCAGAGCUCGAGAGGCUACAGCGGCAACUUCACCUCUGCACGCAAGAAAAGGAGCAAAUCCUUCGCGAAGCAUCUCGAGCUGCAGGCUCGCGGCGGUCCGUGCCCUCCGCGUCCUCCUCCUCUUCCCUGCCCGCAGGCCGCCAGGAGCAUCAAAAGGAGUCGGCGGCUUCUGCCUCCGCACCCGCUACCUCCGGUGGCGGUUUCGCUUCGGGCCGGCAGCUUCUCAAGACUCGUCGCGACCGCGGCCUCCUUAGCGCAGACGACGAGGCCGCGCUUGAGGCGCUCGAAGAGGAGCGACGCGCUACUGCCGCGGCCGCGGCCGCGUCCAGCUUCUCUGUGUCUCUUGACGUGGUCACGCAGUUCGGUGCGGCCCCUGCCCGCGUGGCUUGGGUGUGUUACUCUCAGAAGGCGCCGAAAGCGAAAGCGCGAAGCAGCGACAGCCCGGCGUCGCGCGACGCCGGCGAGGGUCUUCCCCCCGGUGUGGACGAUUACGAGGCUCUGCUCGCAGGAGGUGACAUCCGACCAGACAUCAUUCAGUGGGUCUUAAGUAUGAGGCUCGCGCGCACGCCCCGCCACCCGGGGCAGGCGCCAAACUCCGCGGCGGCUCUGAGCAUCAACGAGAUUGCCGGUCUGCAUCGGGUGAAAAAGCUCCUGACCGACAAGAUUAUAAACCCGAUCCUGCGGCCCGAGCUCCACGUGGGGCUUCACCAGGCUCCGCGAGGAAUUUUGCUGUUCGGGCCGCCAGGUACUGGCAAGACUACCCUGGCGAAGUGGAUGGCCGCUUGCUCGGGCGCGAGCUUCUUCGAAGUGACGCCCUCCUCCAUCAUCAGCAAGUUCCACGGCGAGACAGAGACGCUCAUCAAGGCACUCUUCAAAGUGGCUGAGGCAGACAGCCCGUCGCUGGUGUUCAUCGACGAGAUCGACUCGCUGCUGGGCAAGCGAAGAGAGAAAGAAGAUGACACAGGCAUCCGCAUGAAGAAUCAACUUUUGCAAAUGAUGGAUGGCGUGAGCAGCUGCUCUGCGGACAAAGUCCUCGUUGUCGUCGGCGCGACUAACCGCCCAGACAUGCUCGACGAGGCGGCCAUUCGACGACUCUCCAAGCGCGUCCUCGUUCCGCUUCCAGAUUUGGAGGCACGCCGCGUGUUAAUCAAGAGCGUCCUCGACAAGCAAUCCACUGGGGGCUGCACUCUGUCGGAUCAGGAGCUUGGGGACCUUGCGGCGCGACUGGAGAACUGGAACGGCAGCGACAUUCGCAGUCUCUGCGUCUCAGCCUCUGAGCGAAGCUACGACGAAACCGUCGCCAGGUUCGGCGGCAUCCAGAACGUCCCCAGUCGAGACGACUUCCGCCCCAUCUCGUAUGCCGAUUUCCUUGGCGCUCUCGAAGAGGUGCGGCCCUCCUGCACGUCAGAAGAAAGUCUGAAGUUUUUUGACGAGUGGGCGAAGACUCACGGCGCUCUUUGA